UGUGUUUCAUUUUUUUUAUCAGUGAGCCACGGAGCGCCGCUGAAGCUGGGAGUGUAGAGAUGGAGUGACUGCAGCGAAGCUACGGCGAGGAUUCGCGUGGAUGGUGACCGUGCCAUCGACGUUGUCGGAUAUGUUAUAGAAACGAUUCGACCGUCAUUCACUCGAGGCCGGCAGACCUCGCCUUCGUGAUAGGGUUAACCAUGUGUCAAUAUCUGAAAGCGUUUAGCUCUCGGACAGUUGGAGAGCUAGGGAUGCUGCGAACGCUGUGGAUAUGUUGGCAGCUGAUCGAGUGCACACACGGGUUUAAUCUAGACACAGCGAACGCUAAAAUCUUUCGACAACCCGCCAACGUUAGAGACACGCACUUUGGAUUUUCAGUAGGACUUUUAAAUAACCAAGAUGGAAAUUGGUUGCUCGCCGGUGCUCCCAAAUCUUCCUCGGAGUUCUACACGGGAGAGCAUAGUGUAGAGAACCCAGGAGCGCUAUUCAAAUGCCCCAUUACGCAAACCAAUGCUCCGUGUGAGGAGAUCAAGGUGACUGACAGAGGUAACAUAUGCGUGUACUCCUAUCCCAAUGGAUAUCUUCCGAAUCCAUCCUCGUGCACUGCAUCUGACAGUAAACUCGGCGGAUUGUGGCACGACAAAAAUCAUCAGUGGUUUGGUGCCACCAUGGAUGUACAGGAUCGGGGAGGUCCGGGGAGCGUCAUAGCUUGUGCGCCGCAUUGGCAGAACCAGUACUACGGAAGGGAUUGUACACAGCUAGAAACAUGUAACAAUUAUAUGAAUGGCUAUUGCUGGGAACUGAACAACGAUCUCAAGCAAGUGAGAGAGCUCUACCCUCUCGCAGGUAAACCGACCUACCAGUUGGCGAGUGGAGCUUGGUAUUACGGAGUAGGAAUGGCGGGAUGGUCGGUACACUACCCACCCGAUGGAAACGUGAACGACCAGCUUCUGAUAGGUGCACCUGGAGUGUGGGAGUUUUCAGGUUCCGUGAUUGACUACGACGGAACGCGGACGGUGUCGCCGUCUAACCGCGAUCGCAUUCCGCUAAACCUGCUGCCAAGCCGGGAUCUAUCCCUCAUCGGCUACUCAAUCAGUUCCGGCGUGUUCUUCCCGUCAGGAAACCGCCUGGUAGUAGCGGGAGCGCCGCGGUUCACAGAAGACGAGCGGCUUCGAGGAAUGGUUAUAAUCUACGAGGGAGACUUCGUCGUCAAGAUUAUGAAGAAUGGCACGAAGAUGGGAGAGUACUACGGUGCUGCCGUCGCUGCCAUCGACAUUAACAAUGAUGGACUCUCCGAUCUGUUGGUGGGCGGGCCUUACUACUACGACGACGACAGGACAGAGAACGGCCGGGUGUACGUCUACAUGAACCAGGGGAGCGGUAUGGAUCCUCUCGUGGAACAGGAUGAAAAGCUGGAAGGAAGGGGCGUCUCCUACGCGAGAUUCGGCACGGUGAUCACAGAUGUGGGAGACCUGGAUCUGGAUGGAUACAAGGACGUCGCUAUCGGGGCACCGAAUGAAGACGGCGGAGCGGGAGCUCUGUACAUCUAUAGAGGUCAUCGUGAAGGUGUUCAUCCGGAGUUUUCGCAGCGCAUCGCCGCAGCCGACAUUGACCCGAACCUGCGCGGGUUCGGCUGGAGCAUCUCCAAAAGUCUGGACCUCGACAACAACAACUAUCCAGACGUAGCAGUGGGAGCGUAUGAGAGCAGCGCGGCGGUGGUGCUGGCCGCCCGACCCGUGCUGGACACUGACGUCGCCAUGACCUUUAACCCCAGCUACGUGAACACAGCCGAGAAGAAAUGCCGCAACAGCAAGAACCAGCCCGUACCAUGCGUCGACGCUACGACGUGCUUCACCUACACGGGCGCCUAUGUGCCCGUGUCUGUCGAAUUUUACUACACAAUCACGAGUGUUACCAAAGUUGGAUUUCCCGUCAGAGCCGUCUUUAGUGUUAACGGCAAAGAGGUGGAUAAGGUGGAAGGGCCCAUCCAACUAUUACGAGGCUCCCGCAACUGCGUCACGCACAAGAUCCUCAUUAGCAACGACAUCAGAGAUAAGCUGAACCCGCUAACGUUCACGAUCGACUACGCUGUGAACGGUGAUCGGGCUUACUCUACCGGUGAAGCCUUCCCUGUCCUGCCUCCAGUCAUCAGCGCUAACAGCCUCAUGCACAUCAUCGAGCAGUCAAUACAUUGUACCUGGGCGACACAGCACGGUAAAGUACGUAGUCAGUGUGGAUAAUAAAGGAGAGAAUGCUUACGAGACACAAGUGCAUGCAUCCUACAGCAAGACCGCCAACUUCAUACGCGCAGAGAGCAUGUCUCAGGGCAUGGCUGUGACCUGUCUUACUGUUGACGUCCCGUACGUGGCUGGCCAACCUCCACCGACUGAACAAGAGCUGCAAUGUGACGUAGCAAACCCUCUAGGUGCCAAGCAAAUGGCCAAGUUCUACAUCGAGCUGGAGACGUCGUUUCUCGUCGGAUUAAACUUUACUGUCGGAAUGACGGCGACGACGACGAGCAACGAGCCGAAUACUGCCAACAACAAGGCGGUGAACGUGCUGCAGAUACGCCCUGAAGCCGACGUUCACCUUACCCGCAGAAUUGCACCACCGUUCGUUGUGAAACAAUAGAAUGCCAGUUGGCGACAUUACUGUCCAAUCAGAAUGUCUACAUCCGUAUCACUGGCAGAAUCAAGGAGUCUACUUUCCUUGACAUGAGGCCGCACGUGAAGCGCGUCGGCCUGCAGAGUGCAGCAGAGGUGACGAUUACCAGCAAUGUCGUGCAGCCGAUGACUAAUUAUCCGGAUGCUGCCAUCGCCGAGACGGCGCUCGUCACGGAGAUUGCUAUCGAGGAGCAGGCGAAACCGGUCGCCUGGUGGAUCUACCUACUGUCCAUCCUCGCCGGCAUCAUCGUGCUCGCAAUCAUCGUCUUUCUCCUAGUCAAGUUUGGCUUCUUCAAGAGGAAAACAAAGGAUGACUUAGAUGAUCUGAAGCGGAUGAGUUUCAAAGAAGAGGGUGUAAACGAGGAUGGCGAGGAACUUAAGACACUCAAAUCUGGCGGCGAUUCUGUAAACAAUGACGACGACGACGAGUUCACUCCGCCCGAAUACCAGGCCAGCAUGGAGCACAUUAACGCUGACAGUGAAUGAACAGCGGCCUCUAGCGGUCCCCACAACACGGGGAGUCCCCCGUGACGUUACGAACAUGAUCUCUUCAAAAACCUAUGUCGAUCAAAAAUCGAAGCUCACUUUAAAAAAUGCAGUUUUGGUGCGCAUGUGGCGUUCGCAUUCGUAGGGUGCAUCCGUAUAUGUCUUGAGAUACAUAACGGAGCAUCGUUCCGAAAGUUACAAAGAUGAACAAUUCCAGAAUAUCUCACGUGGAACAUGAAACCCAGCAGAGAGCAGCGGGGUUUUGUGCGCUUAUCUGUGGUUUGGUUUUCGUGUGCUGUCACAUCUUUCCCACUCAUUAAGAUGCAUAAUAGACGCCUCUUCUCUAGCUACGGAUGUUCGUAACUCGUGGGACUCCCUGUUACUUCUAACUGCCACACUUGCGUAUUUAGCUCGCGUGCGAAAAUGCCAAUUUGUGAACUUUUUGAACCUAUCAGUUUGAAUACUCAUUAGUUUACCGUAGGUUCUACUUCAGAAACGCAGACGUUAAUUCCAGGUGGAAAUAUUUAUAUGCCGAUGACAUCGUCGAUCGCUGCUUACUGUUGAUAUGAUUGUUGUGAUAAACUGAAUGCUUUAACAAUGCUGCCUCCUGUUUUUGUACAGGGUUCUUCAGCCAAGAUACACUGAGUAAGAGUUAAACACUGUAAUUAUAUUUCCUUGAUCUAUCUAACACCGACUAAUAACUUACUAAUAGCAGAUCGCACGUGAAUUUAAAGGUGCAAUCCCACGCAAUCUUUGCCGAGCAAUGUUGAAAGUUAAUUUCGACUUCCUGCUUCGGACACAUCCUGUAUCCACGGCAGUUAUAUUAUAGCAGGCAACGCAGAAUUAUGAGAGCACAAUUUCAUUGCUUUCUGCUACAUGAUGAAAUAUAGAUACAAUGAUUGCGUUAAGAGAUAAUGCACCUCUAAAUAUCUGCAUCUGUGUUCCAAGCCUCUGCAAUUCUAAAUCUCAUUGCUUGCAAGCUGCUGCAAUAAAACUAAUGAACUAGUUGUAAUAUCUAUCGCCAAAACAUUUAGCGAGAGAAAGAUUAUGGCUUUAUAGUACAUGCACGUUCAUGGUAACACCAUGUAACUGUGUAGAAUAUGCAGAGACAUUAAAAACAACCUCUGAAAUAUUACCUUUGGCAAUUUAAAUGAGUUUAUUAAUUGCUAGUAAUAAUUACUCCAGCCUCAUUUUCUCUCAGCUAAACUAACAAUGCAAAGAAGUUCUCUAUAACGAGAACGAAUCUUGAUUGUGCUCAAUUUAUAUAGUCAAAUAUAAUUGCUAAAUUACUGCAUGUAAUCUAUACGUGGCAGCUCAGGCUAGCAUCUAACACAGUUGUAACAAACUUGCUUCUUAUAUAUAACUCACAAAUAAUCUUUGGCAAUACCCUUAGUUUUUAGAUUACAUUCGAUGGAGCAAUAAAUAGAGUUGCAAUUAACUAUUAGCAUGAACAUAUGUAUUACAUAUGUAAAUAGUAUACAUAUAUUUUCAUGCUAUGACGUUACAGUAGUUCUGCUUUUAGUCUUUCAAAGAUGCUGUAGAUUUAUAGCAAACAAAUGCAGCGCUAUAUCUGCAUUCUUUCUACGCAGCGAUGGCGCAACGUUUUAUUUUAAAAGUGCAGUUAAUUUUUGACUCGUAGCUCAAAUAGAGGUUUUAAUAGUAUCAAUUAUGUCAGAGUAUUUUGAACAGUGUCAUUGUGCAAUUUCUAUAUUCACUGUUACGUGACGCUCUAUUAAAAGAUAUAACAUUGUGCUAAUAUUUUUACAGACACCUUUGUACAGCAUGCAGAGCAUACGAGUGCCUCGUUGUGAACUGUUUUUAAUAUAUGUGUCUUCUUUCGAAUAUAUGACAGCUAGUUGGAAACCAAUAAAAAUUCCAAAUUGAUAAGUAUUUUUAAAACACUCUAAUAGUCUCUAGUACAGAGAAUUAAUCUAGUUAGAGAUAAGACGAAGUAGACCAUUGCAGGGAUGAAUCACUUUCCAUUUAUGAACGGCAGUUUUGAUAUCAGAUCUGAAAGCUGCUGAUGCAAUCUACGUGAAUUUGUCCUGCUUCAUUAUUGGAUAUUUAAUGUAGUUGGAAGUUUUAGAUAACGUGCUUAGGCUAGAUAGGCCUGCUUUCAAUUUCAGAGUUUUAGUUUUUAGAACAUUUUACUAGAGAUAAGCACAAUGGUAAUAUUUCUUGUGCUAGUCAGUGUAGCUUAAUGAUGCGAAAUCAUAUCACAAAGAAUAAACGAGCAUGCUUACGAGAUAUUUAUAUUGUCUGUGUAUAUACAAAUAUAUGUUUCAGACGUCCACAUACUCACUUUUCCCCUGAAACCUGUACUACAGUAUUUUAUACCAUUUGAUAGUAGCAAAUUAUAUAUAAUAAUAUGCCAAACUGUUAUGCAGGCCUAUGUAGCUCAUACGAUCAGUAACGUAUAGACACCUUAAAUUGUAAACAAUGAACUUACAUUCCAUUAUUUGUUUGAUGACAAUGUUUAAGCAAUAAUUUUUGUGUUCAUUGUAACUUUUUACAAAGGAAAAGCGUGAAAACUCAAGCUGAGAGCAAGAGAGUCAGGCAUGGCCAGUAAAACAAAUAAAAUGUAACCAAUAAUAGCGUUUUAUAAUUGUUGCGUUUGACAAGUGUUAGAAUUCUAGAAAUAACGAUUAUCUUUGCAAUUUAGAUUAUUUUAUAUAAAUGUUCUAUUUGCAAGAAACUUUGCUAGAAAUGACCACGUGCAGACAAUAUGCAAGGUUCAUCUCUACAGGGUAUGCUCAGCUCAUUUCAUGAUUAAGGAUGGAUUUCAAUAAUGUAAUUAAAUUUAUGUCAAUGGAA